GAAAGCUUUCACAAACGGUUACGGGACCAUCGGGUUCUGCGGUUCUGCAACGGAGCCCUCCUCUCGAUGGCAGGACCAGCACCAAAGAACAGAGAUCUGAGCAGGCACCCAUCUGGGUUCUCCCAGCAUGGGAUGUUAUCGCUGCGUUUGCUGCAACAGCUGGCGCCACGUUCUUCGAAAUGUCGUGCCGCAAUGACGACAAUCUGCAGUUACCUAGAAGCAUUUCCUCCUUGUGCGUCACGGCUUGCCGCUUCCGCCUCGGAGAGUGCUCGUGACAGGACAAAAUAUAGUUUUCAAUCGGAGCUGGCCGAUUUCGAGAACUGCCAGCCUAGCGGCCUGCGCAGCAAACACGAUAUAGAAUUGCCCGGUGAUGACCAUAGUCCAAAUAAGCCAAAGUUGCAGACAGCACGACGGGUUUACAUCCGUCGGCCGUUGUCCGUGAGAACAUGAGAGAGCUAAUCUGAGGGCAAAUUCUAUACCGUCGAGGUGAGUGGUGUUUCAGCAUGUCGGGUAUGUAUCUCAGGGCAUCUCUCUCUGUCACCUGCAGGUUCGGGAUGGUGUUUUUUUUAGGACGGAACGGACUUUGUUGACGCUCAAUCGUGUCAUCUCGAGAUGGCGGGCUCCUCUUGUAUCAUCAGCCCAAGGUUAAGCAAAUCCCUUGGUCAACUCGUAAUACUCAUCAAUAAACAAAUGGCCGACCGCCUCUGCCUUGCCCUCGAUACACUGUAAGAACCUAGGAAAGCUCCGAGAUGAUCCUCAUCGUAUACCCAACUACCUAAAAGACCAGAUUACUUGAGCACUUUUACUUACGACAAUAACCCAAAACAAAAGAGUUCACCCCCCCGGUGGCGAACGGGGGCUACAUCUCUGGUGCUCAUGCUGGGACUCGAACACGGGACCUCUCAAAGCCUUCACCGAUUAGGCUGUUCGUGGACUUCAACCACUCCACCACCCAGCCAGCUUUGGCCUGACCCCCGAGGGGGCGCCUGCUGGCUGGUGACGGGAAUGGACUUGAGGGAGGGUACAAGGGGUGCUCACGGAAGGCACGGGAAGGUACAAACGUGAGGUGGUACAUUCCGAACAGAGUGGGAUGAGCAUUCAGCUUUCCCAUAUCCGCAUCACAGCUCGAUCUCGGAGACCAUCGCCGCCUGCUCACAGUCGACGACUCCCCAGGUCUGACCCGUUAUCCAGGGCAGCAUCUGCCUGCACGCCUUUUUCGAUCUGCGGCUGGAAUAAUACCUCUACGAGCUUUGGACGUUGUUACGUUUCGCACGGUGUCUGCCUUCACUUUACGGUCGAUACCAACAAGCUAAACGCCUGAGACAAGGAAAUUUGAGUUAUCGACGAAACGGAAAUGGGCGGAAGAUAUCACUCAGCGAAGCUGCGUCGAGAGGAGCGAAGCAGCUGAGGCGUUGUGCGGUCAGGAUUUGGAGGCAUGGCUCGGUGUGAGGGAUGAGGCAGAUUCAAAGGGAGGACCGAGGGGGUAUGUUUGCCGGGCUGUGGCAUUUGGAGAUGCUUGCUCGGAAGAUUGAGAGUUGUGCUGGAGAAGAUUGACGUCGAGAGGACCUCAGCGUGGGUGACUGGCCAGGAAUUGAUGAUUCAAGAGGAAGGAUGCAAUGAAGGCACCAUAGGGGCCCUGUAUCACGGUUGAAGGGUAGAGCCGAAUGAGCGGUGGACUGCUGAGUGGAAUCUUUUAACACACAGAGCCAGUGAAUGGUACGUUGUUUGAGCCCUGAGAAUGACAGACCCUGAACGUUGAGAAAAAGUGCUAGAUGCAGAUGGCAUCCUUGUCUGUUGGUGAUGUGACGAUGUUACUACGAGCCGGGACGGGAUCAAC